AUGGAUAAGACAACUACUAAGGCAUCGUUCUCUCUCGUUUUGAUCUUUCUUACAGCAUUUCUCGGUACUAUAGGUAGUACUGAAGGAUCAAGGAAUGUGCCAAAGAAAGAUCAUGAUGAACUCUACAACCCUCAGAAUUUCUUUGGAUUUCCUGGAGGCUUCGGUUCUUUCAAUGGCGGUCCUGGUUUCAGUGGCUUUCCUGGGAUGGGAUUCCACGGCAGCUUCGGUCCUUUCGGAGGGAUUCCUGGUUUCGGAGGCCCUGGUAAAGGUGAUGGACCCUCUCCUAAAGCUACUAUUAAUGGAGUUGGAGGUAAAUCUCCUAAAGCUGAUGUAGGAAUCAAGACGGAUUGUGAGAAAGGGGAACCAAUGUAG